AUGUGCUCGCCUCGACAUUUGAAACGCCCUAUCGUCGCCCUUCCUUUCUCCCCUCCCGUCACCCACCUCGCCGCCUAUGCGCUCGCCUCGACAUUGAAACGCCCUCUCGUCGCCCUUCCUUUCUCCCCUCCCGUCAUCCACCUCGUCGCUUAUGCGCUCGCCUCAACAUUGAAACGCCCUCUCGUCGCUCUUCCUUUCGUCGCUCUCGCUCUCUCCCGUCCCUUCCCGUCGCUCUCGCUCUCUCCCCUCCCUUCCCUUGCUCUCGCCAUCUCCCCUCCCUUCCCAUCACUCUCGCUCUCUCCCAUCCAUUCCCGUCGCUCUCGCUCUCUCCCAUCCCUUCCCGUCGCUCUCGCUCUCUCCUCUUCCUUCCCGUCGCUCUCUCUCUCUCUCGCCGCUCCUUUCCGUUGCCCUCGCCUUCUCCCCUCCCUUCUCGUCGCUCUCGCUUUCUCCCCUCCCUCCCCGUCGCUCUCUGAAACUCUCCCCUCCCUUCCCGUCGCUCUUUCUCUCGUCGCUCCCUUCCUGUCGCUCUUUCUCUCGUCGCUCCCUUCCCGUCGCUCUCUCUCUCGUCGCUCCCUUCCGGUCGCCCUCGAUGCACGAUUUCUCCUCCCAUCGCCUGCCUCGUCGCCUUCGCACUCGCCCUCCAACGCACUACCCGUGCCCUUCCUCUCUCCCUUCCUCUCGCCCUUCUCCCCCCCUCUCCUGUCGAGCUCGCUUUCUCUCCCCGUCUCCCGUCGAGCUCGCUUUCUCCCCCCCACUCCCGUCGAGCUCGCUUUCUCCCCCCCCUCUCCCAACAUCACCAUACUUGUCCCUAUCGCCCUCUCUCCCACCCGUAGCGUCACAAUUCCCGUCGCCCCCUCCCUCUCACCCCUCUCGCCUCCCCUCCGAAACACCCUCGCGUCGCCUACCCCGUGUCUUUCCUCGCUUCCCAUCGCCUCCGCGCUCUCCUGUCCCGUCCCGUUGCCCUCGUGCCUUCCCUCCCGCUCCCGCGCUUUUGCACUUGCCCAUUCCGUCCAAUCCCGUCGCCCACCGUCCCUUCCCGUCGCCUUCACACUCGCCAAUGCCUAA